AUGUUUAAACUUGUGGCCACUCGAGCUCCAUUAGCUAAUAUCUGCUCUCGCCAUGCGAUGAGAAAUACUGUUCGAGCACCGUUUGUCAACGGAUUUUAUCGCCUCUAUAGCACGGAGAAAGAAUACGAUGUUGUUGUUAUCGGCGGUGGUCCCGGCGGUUAUCCUGCCGCCAUCAAAGCAGCUCAAGAAGGUUUGAAGGUUGCUUGCAUAGAGAAACGUGGUACCUUGGGUGGUACUUGUCUUAAUGUUGGCUGUAUUCCCUCCAAAGCCAUGCUUAACAAUUCUCACAUUUAUCAUCAAACAAAGCAUGACCUUCAAUCUCGCGGUAUCGAGGUUUCUGAUGUGAAACUCAAUUUGGAUCAAAUGCAUAAAGCCCGUCUUAAGGCUGUCGGUGGCCUUACCAAGGGUGUUGAAUUUUUGUUCAAAAAAUAUGGCGUGGAUUAUAUUAAGGGCACAGGUUCUUUCAAAACCGCUCAUGAAAUUGCUAUUGCCGGUUUGGAUAAUAAAGACUCUUCGAUAAAGGCAAAGAAUAUAAUUAUUGCUACUGGUUCUGAAGUUACACCUAUUCCUGGUAUUGAAAUUGAUGAGAAGAAGAUUGUGUCUUCUACUGGUGCUUUAGAAUUGGACAAGGUACCCAAAAAGAUGGUUGUGAUCGGCGCUGGUGUUAUUGGUCUUGAAUUAGGAUCUGUAUGGUCUCGUUUGGGUGCUGAAGUGACAGUCGUAGAAUAUUUGAAUGCCAUUGGUGCUGGUAUGGACCCUGAAUUGGCCAAGAACUUUCACAAAGUGUUGACAAAGCAAGGUUUGAAAUUCAAGAUGAGCACAAAAGUAAACGGCGCGAGAGUAGAAGGGGAUAUUGUUAAAGUUGAUGUAGAAGCAUCUAAGGGAGGCAAGGCCGAAACUCUUGAAGCUGACGCUGUCUUAGUCUCCAUUGGUCGUCGUCCUUAUACCCAAGGUCUUGGUUUAGAAAAUAUUGGUGUCGAGCUUGAUAACCGUGGCCGUGUCGUCAUCGACCACGAAUUUAGAACCAACCUCCCUCAUAUUCGUUGUAUUGGUGAUGCUACCUUCGGUCCUAUGUUAGCCCAUAAGGCCGAAGAUGAAGGUUUUGCUGUCUCUGAAAUGAUAGCCACCGGCCACGGUCAUGUUAACUACGAUGCUAUUCCUUCUGUUAUCUAUACACAUCCUGAAGUUGCCUGGGUUGGCAAGAACGAAGCUCAAUUAAAGGAGGAGGGUGUCAAAUAUAAAACCGGUAGCUAUCCAUUCGUUGCCAACUCUCGUGCUCGCACAAACGAUGACACUGAGGGUUUGGUAAAGGUUAUUACUGAUGCGGACACCGACCGUAUUUUGGGUGUUCACAUCAUGGGCCCUAAUGCAGGCGAAAUGAUUGCUGAAGGUGUUCUUGCUAUGGAAUAUAAUGCUUCUGCUGAAGACGUUGGACGUACUUGUCACGCUCAUCCUACAUUGUCUGAAGCCUUCCGUGAAGCCUGUCUUAUUGCUUCAUUCGGUAAUGCCAUCAACUUUUAA